ACCUUUCGACGAUACUUCGGUGGCCAUUAGCAGUGGCCCAGCCACUGGAUCUCUUGGCUUAGCUGAGCUUGUCUUUCUAAGCCAAGAUGGGACUUGGUCCUCAACACGUGGUUAUGAUAUACGAGGUGUACUCGGGCUUCAUAUGGUAAGUACCGUGUUCGUCGCAUAGCUUGGUCUAUCAGUACACCCCUGAGGUCGUAUUUUGUUCGGCCCUCGAGGUAGCGGGGAAACAAUGGCGAUGACCGUGACUCUUGAUACCACCGCAGUCACCUGCGAGAUAGACCGACUCAUUAUCACCAAUUCAAAAUUCACUAGGUUAGGACAUAUGUCCUGACCACUAGGUGUCUUGGAUUCUAUAAAGUACCUAGACUCGUCAUCUUCAUCCAUUCACUCAACUCCGAACCAACCCAUCUCUCUCUUCUUUCUGACCAACAUCAAAAUGGUUCGCCUCUCAGCCGUCUUCGGCAUUCUUCUUACCAUGGCCGUUGGUACCCAGGCUUCUUUCUACUGCCAGUGCUUGUACCAAGAUGGUUCCCAUUGCUGUGUCGCUGAAAACAAUGGCGGCUGCACCAGGUCCUGUUUGAACGUCGCGCCGCUGUUCGAGAAUGACAAGCCCUGCAAUGCUGGAGGAAAGUCCUCCGACGUGAGCUUCUUCACCGCACAGGGCCGCCAUGCCUGCAACGACUAAGUUCGUCAUGAAGUCUUCUGGGCGCAACAGGGAGAUCAGGAGGUUGGAGAAUGCGUGACUAUCUCAGUGAUUCCCAAAUUUGGGGACACCGGAUGGAUUGAUCGUACAUCACCCUUCUCGUACAUAUCUAACCACGAGAAACUCUUACUGUACUUUUCUCCGUCCUGCAGCCUUAAUACAUACCAUACCCUUGUCUUUGCAUUUUCUUGUACGGACUAGCUCAUGUGCCUCUC